CGUGACGUGGCCCCGUCAACACGCAUGCGCACUCAGUCCGUACGUGGCACUUAGACCACGUCUGACUGUCAACUUUUACUAAGUACUCUUAGCUGGUAUUAUACUAUUCUAAAACGUGGUUGAUUGAGGUCAUUGUGUCAUCUGUUUGGAUGCUGACAUUGUCAGUAGAAACUAUAAAUGCUUGGUAAUAGAGCCAUGCUUCAGGGACAGGCCCCAAGCAUGGUGAGUCCAAGACCACCAGGUGGCAUGCCUCCCCAUGGUCCACCUGGUCCUUCUGCUGGGCCAUAUAAACAUGAAAUGCCAGCCCCAAGACCUCCUGGUGGACCUCCAUCAAUGGCAGGAAUGAAUCAACAGAUGAGGGGGAUGAGUCUUGGUCCAUCAGCAGGACCACCUCCUCCACAGGGAUUGCAACAACCCAUGCCUGUGGCAAAUGGCCUUCCUCCUUCUGGGUCCCCAGGUGGGCCUGUGUCUGGGACUUCAUAUCAGCCUCCACCUGGUCCUAUGCCUGGGCCACACUUAGGGCCUAUGCCAGGACAACCUACCAGGCCUCCAUCUGGUCCUCCUCCUGGGGGUUCAGGUGGACGGCCAACACCAUCUUCUACACCUGGUCACAUGUCAAACCCUGGUGCUUCACAGGUGACAUUAGGCUCAACUCCUACACAACUAAUGGCACAACCAAGAGCUGGAACACAAGGUUACCCCCCAUCAUCUGUGGGUGCCACCCCUGGGGGAAGUCAACCAAGCAUUCCAUCAUCUGCAGGGCCUCCUGGGGGAGGCCAACCAAGCUUCCCACCAUCAUCAAUGGGAGGUCCUCCUGGCAUGAAUCAGCCAGGCUUCCCUCCAUCUAUGGCAGGCCCCCCAGGGGGUAAUCAACCUAGCUUCCCACCAUCAUCUGUGGCAGGCCCCCCAGGGGGUAAUCAACCUGGCUUCCCACCAUCAUCUGUGGCAGGCCCCCCAGGGGGUAAUCAACCUGGCUUCCCACCAUCUGUGGGAGGCCCCUCAGGGGGUAAUCAACCUGGCUUCCCACCAUCUAUGGGAGGCCCCCCAGGGGGUAAUCAACCUGGCUUCCGACCAUCAUCUGUGGGAGGCCCCCCAGGGGGUAAUCAACCAGGCUUCCCACCAUCAUCUGAGGGAGGCCCCCCAGGGGGUAAUCAACCUGGCAUUCCACCAUCUAUGGCAGGCCCCCCUGGAAGUAAUCAACCAGGCUUCCCACAGUCUGUAACUGGUCCUCUUGGGCGAGGUCAGCCUGGCUUCCCACCACCAUCAUCAAUGCCUGGUCCUCCUGCAGGAAACCAGCCAAGUUACCAUAUGUCUUCUAUGGCACCUGCAGGACAACCUCAACAACUGUAUACACCAGCUUCAGUUGGAGCACCAAGGGCUGGUAUGCUACAUGGGCCAAGUAUUCCAGCUCAGCCUGGCAUGCCUCCUGGACCAGGCAUGCCUCCUGGACCAGGCAUGCCUCCUGGACCAGGCAUGCCUCCUGGACCAGGCAUGCCUCCUGGACCAGGCAUGCCUCCUGGACCAGGCAUGCCUCCUGGACCAGGCAUGCCUCCUGGACCAGGCAUGCCUCCUGGACCAGGCAUGCCUCCUGGACCAGGCAUGCCUCCUGGACCAGGCAUGCCUCCUGGACCAGGCAUGCCCCCUGGACCAGGCAUGCCCCCUGGACCAGGCAUGCCCCCUGGACCAGGCAUGCCCCCUGGACCACGCAUGCCCCCUGGACCACGCAUGCCCCCUGGACCAGGCAUGCCCCCUGGACCAGGCAUGCCCCCUGGACCAGGCAUGCCUCCUGGACCAGGCAUGCCUCCUGGACCAGGCAUGCCUCCUGGACCAGGCAUGCCUCCUGGACCAGGCAUGCCUCCUGGACCAGGCAUGCCUCAUGGACCAGGCAUGCCUCCUGGACCCGGCAUGCCUCAUGGACCAGGCAUGCCUCCUGGACCCGGCAUGCCACCCAGACCUGGUGCUCCCCCUGGACAAGGGGUUUCUUCUCAAGCAGGUAUGCCCCCUGGGCAUAAAUCAGGAUUGCCUCCACCACCUAGUCAGGGAGGUCCUCCAGUAAAUGGUAUGGGUAACAUGCAGACAAGGUACCCAGGUAAUAGUGCAGGUGGACCAGGGCCAGGUGGUUACUCAGGUGCUCCACAAGGCCAAGGACGCCGUCUUAAUCCUGAUGAUAUGCCAAGUCCCUUACAGGUUAUGGAGGAGGAUCGUCAAUGCAGAAGUGGAGAAUUUAUCACAAAUAUGAAAGGUCAGGUACCACCGCUGGUCACCACAGAGUUUACUGUGAGAGAUGGAGGCAAUGCAUCUCCACACAAUUUGAGGUCUACAAUGUACAGUAUCCCUCACACACCAGAACUGAUGAAGCAAACACAUGUUCCUUUUGGCCUUGUAAUUAGCCCUCUUGCAGAGACAAGGAGUACAAACAGUCCACUAUAUAUUGGUACCAGCAUGGAAAAUGGACCAGUCAGGUGUAAUAGAUGCAAGGCUUAUAUGAGUCCGCUGAUGCAGUUCAUGGAUGGAGGUCGAAAGUACCAGUGCAAGCUGUGUCGAGGUGUGGUUGAAGUUCCAAAAGAGUAUUUCUGCCACAUGGAUGGUCAGGGAUCACGAGCAGAUAAAUUUCAGCGACCAGAAUUGUGUUGUGGUUCUUACGAAUUUCUUGCCACUGCUGAGUAUUGUCGGGAGAAGCAGUUACCCAAGGAGCCAGCAUUUAUAUUUGUCAUGGAGAUCAAUCAGUUGAUGAUGCAGCGAGGUGUGAUUCCUCUCUUGUGCCAGAACAUGAAAGAUAUUCUCCAGCAUCUUCCCCGAGAUUGCAUCAGUGGUACCCUCUCCCCUGAAUCAAAUAUGAAAGUUGGCUUCAUAACAUAUGAAUCUAAUGUCCACUUUUACAAGCUUGAUGGACAAGCCCCAGAAAUGUGUGUUGUAUGUGAUCGUGAUGAUAUGUUUGUUCCAGUGCCUGGAGGAGUUCUUUGUGAUGCUAAAGAAGCUGCUGAUAAUAUUGAUAAACUUAUGGAAUGCAUUCCUGAGAAUUUUAAAGCCACACGAGAAACCUCAGGUGCACUUUCUUGUGCAAUUCGUGCUGGAAUGGAAGCCCUAAAGGCUUCUGGCAGAGUAGGAAAAUUAAUUGUGUUUCAUUCUUCAUUACCAGUAGGUGGGGGAGUGGGUAGCUUAAAGAUGCGAGAGGACAGAAAACUGCUUGGCACAGAAAAAGAGAAGCAUGUAUUGAAUCCACAAGGUACUUUUUACAACAACCUCGGGCAGGAUCUUGUAGCAGCUGGCUGUUCUGUAGAUUUGUAUAUUUUUAAUGAUAGUUAUGUUGAUUUGGCCACAAUUGGACAAGUGGCAAGAUUGACAGGAGGCCAGUGUUAUAAGUAUACUUUCUUCCAGUCGAAUAAGGAUGGUCCAAGGUUUUUAGAUGACCUGAAAAUCAAUGUUGGACGUAACAUUGCCUUUGAUGCUGUGAUGCGGGUGAGGACCUCACAGGGAGUUAGACCUGUAGAGUUCUUUGGUCACUUGUUCAUGUCAAAUACAACUGAUAUAGAACUAGCCAGUAUAGACUCCAGCAAGGCUAUAGCUAUAGAAGUAAAGCAUGAUGACAAGCUAACAGAGGAAGAUGGUGUAUACAUACAAGCAGCUCUUCUCUACACAUCCUGCAGUGGACAGAGGCGGCUUCGCAUUAUCAAUCUGGCUCUUGGUGUAUGCACGCAGAUGGCUGAUCUGUUCAAGAAUUGUGACCUUGAUACAUUGAUGAAUUUCUAUAGCAAGCAAUCUAUUGUAAGAUUAUUAGACACCAAUGCAAAACAGGUAAAAGAAAAUUUGAUUGCCAAGACUGCCAAUAUACUAGCCUGCUACCGUAAAAACUGUGCAUCCCCAUCCUCUGCUGGGCAACUUAUUUUACCAGAAUUGAUGAAACUGUUGCCAUUGUAUGUUAACUGCCUCAGCAAGUGUGAUGCAAUUAGUGGAGGGCAGGACAUCCCUUGUGAUGAGCGCUCCUGGCAGAUGUAUUUCUUAUCAACAAUGUCAGUUGACGCUUCUGUACCAUAUCUCUAUCCCAGACUCAUUCCACUUUCUGAUGAUGAUCCACAGAACACUGGGAUUCCUGCACCUCUACGUACAUCCUAUGACAAACUUCACCCUGAAGGUGUCUUUUUGCUGGAGAAUGGUGUACAGAUGUUUGUUUGGGUUGGAUCAAACACCCCUGCAACAUGGCUGAUGGAUGUGUUUGGGGUUAAUGCUCCACAUCAACUGGACCCAGUAAUGGCAGAAUUACCUGAUAUUGAUAAUCCCACAUCAAAAAGAGUGCGUGAAAUUACUGCUGCAAUUCGUGCUCAAAGGAAAAAACAUGUCCGGAUGUUUGUAGUUCCACAGCAAAGUAAACAUGAGGUAAUAAUGCGGAACUACUUGGUUGAGGACAAGGGCAUGUAUGGUGCCCCAAGCUAUGUUGACUUCCUUUGUCAUGUACAUAAGGAAAUCCGUGCUCUUCUUUCCUGAAAUCGGUGGCAGCACUACCCAUGGCCAUCAUCAUCACAGUUGGUUGGGUCAUCCCCCUCCACCUAUCCAAGCUAUUCAAGUGAAAUCUCUUCUACCCAGUUGACCAACAAUUCCACCACCCCUACCUCUACCAGCAAUUUUAGUAGUCAGACCCCUACUCCUGGUCACCCUACCAUUCCCUGUGCAACAGCUUCUAAACGUUGUCUUUCUGAUGGUGCCUCUUCACUAUUUGAAAGAAAUACCAGCUCCCAUACCUUGAACACACCCACUUCUGCUGCUAGUGUAUGUGGCGGCCAAGUUACAUACCCAAAAGUGGCAUUUACACUUGACAACUGGCAUUGAAGACCCCGUGGUUAUGUUCCCAUGAUCCAGCUAUUUUUUUCUUGUGCAUCAAUACCCAAAUUAUUAUGCCAAAAUUAUUUCAUUGUGUAACACCUUUUCAUUCCGGGAACUAAUAAUUAGUUCUGGUUACCCUCACUUAAAAAAAACAAAAAACAAAGGUUAUACUCUACUUAUAAAGAAUUUUUUUCAUCUAAGGGAUAAGCACAGUAAAAUGUGAAGUUGCCUUACUGUUAUCUUACCUAAAAAUUAUAGCUUAUGUGGGGAUUCUUCAUUAGGUUAUUCUUUAUGAUCCUUAUGUACAUUUUUUUAACUUAUAAGAACCAAGGUCCAUAAAGAUUGCAAGAUUGCAUUGAUAAAACAAUGUAACCAAAACCUAAAAUACUUUAUUUGGCCUUAAUUGAAAGUGUUAUUGUUGUUGUAAAAAUUAAGCUGGAUCAAAUUCAUGGGUAGGGCUGUUUAUACAGGAUAUAUGCUCAGAACUAAUAUCACUUAAUUUUGGGAUAAACUAAUAAGUUUUGAUACUAUUUAUCUUGUAGAUUUGUUAGUAGAGGCAACAGGGAGGAAAUGGGUAGUUGGAUACCCUGUGAAAUUUUGCUAUCUAGAUUUAAGAUAAAGAUUUAUUUUUAUGUAAGAUUGUACUCAAUAGAGAACUUCCAUGUUUAAUGACUUUUUAAUGAACAAUUAUUUUAUGAUUUACAUUACCAGUGGCUUAAUGAAGUAUAUUGCAUUUGUAUUAUAUUUACUUUGUGUCAGUCCGUUUCUUUUGGUAAACAUUUUACUUCCUCUUUAGUUUAUUAUUCAAUCAGUUUGGGAUUUAUUUGGUAAUAAUGGAGUUAUUGUUAAAUGAGGAACAGAUAUUUGCAGUGGUAAAGCAAUUAUAUUGAGCCAGUUUUUCUGGUUAAAUGCAAUAUGUUAUAUUUCAAUGUUAUGUUACAAAGAAAUAUUGUUAGCUUGUC